CUCGGUAUCAUCAUCAAUACUCAACUUCCUGGAAACCUUGCUUUGUCUUGCCUCCUCAAGGCUGUGCGCGGUCUUCUCAACUUCCUUUACCUCAUGCAGUACCCAUGUCAUAGUUCUGAGACACUGUUUUUACUGGAUAAAGCUCAUGCUCUCUUUCAUGACAACAAGGAGAUAUCCAUUGACCUUAGAAUCCGAACCAAUUUCAACCUCCCGAAGCUUCACUCAGGAUGCCACUACUUGACUAUGAUUCGAACUUUUGGGAUGACAGAUAAUUAUAACACAGAGUACACAAAGCAGUUACAUAUCGAUCUUGCCAAGUAUGCCUACCAUGCGACCAAUCAUAAGGAUGAAUUUAUACAGAUGACAAAGUGGCUAGAGCAGAAGGAGAAGAUCACUCAUCAUGAGCAGUUCAUAAGAUGGCGUCUU